AAUUGGUGGUAACUAUCCCAUGAAGCUUCAGCAGUUGGAAAUAGCCUUUUUGAAUAAAAAAACCUCAGUUUGUUCCUCCUCCUCUUCUUCUUCCUUCUUGACUCCUGGAUUCAAGCGUCUCCGGCCGCUCGCAGCCGCAGCAGUAUCCACUGCCACUUCUCAGCAACUCAAGAGCUUCAGUUUCUCCAAAACUUCAUGCACACACCUGCCGCUUCCACAUGCGCCUUCUCAUCUUGGAGGAGGAGGAGCGGGAACAAGAUGGAACCCAACAGAAAAGCAGAUAAGGAAACUGGAGUCACUGUACAAAAGUGGUAUGAGAACUCCGAACGCGCAACAGAUCGAGAAGAUAACUGCAGAGCUGAUGAACCAUGGAAGAAUUGAAGGGAAGAAUGUGUUCUACUGGUUCCAGAACCAUAAGGCCAGAGAAAGGCAGAAGCAGAAGCGCAACGCUCACCUCAGCCCAUCCUCCCCAAUUUGCUCCGACACCAAGGAAGCUGAAGAGAAGAAGGAGAGUAAAGAUAAGAGAAGCAGGAGGAGCAGGGGAGUAGAUCUGAAUCAGAUUAGUGAGUUUGAUGGUGGUGGUGAUGACAGACUACUAACACUUGAGCUCUUCCCUUUGCACCCGGAGAAGAUUAAUGAGAAUGUUUAG